AUGAAGAAAUUUCAUUGUUUUAUUUUUCUUACAUGUGUUAUUUUGAAAGUAUUAGCAGUACCACCUUCCGUAUGCCGCGCCGACUUCCGCUGGGACGACUGCGGGAAGCCUCCCAAAGCUGUCAUGUACUACUGGAAGCAGGGUUCCCGCUGCGAAAUAGGCAUCUGGAAAGGCUGCGUGCCCAACCCGAACAUGUUCGCCGAUGAAUACGAAUGCAUCAACACCUGUGUGUUCGUCGAUAGACCUUCAGUACGAACUGAAAGCGAGGAACCGGAAACUGAAGCUCCUACAACUGUGGAUAACAGUACUGUCGAUGAUGUUACUGAUGCUACUGGUGCUACUGAUGAAGCUAGCGAUGCUUCGGAAGCUGCUAGUGAAACUGUCGAAGUUACUACUGCCGAAGGUGCAGGAGGUAACGAUACUGAAAGCAGUGGUAAUGCAACGGCCGCUGAAAGUGCCGCUCCUGCAGGUGAAGAUACCACCACCGCAGCUCCGUAAACUGAAUGUGUCAGAGGUAAAUUCGAUACUAUGAGGCUGAGAAGUUGUAAUUAUGAUAUCUACGCUCAUGUUGCACAAAAAUGUUUUUAGUCUGACCAAAUUGUUUUGUAAUUGUCAUUAAAUAUUAUUAAAAUUAUUCUGCAACCGGAA